AUGGGGCGAAAUAAAAUCGUAAUAGAACGCAUAGCAAACGACCGUAACAGGCAAGCUACAUUCACCAAACGCAAGAAUGGGCUGAUUAAAAAGGCCAUGGAACUUUCGAUCUUAUGUGAUUGUGAAAUAGCACUCAUUUGUUUCAAUUCCACUAAUAACAAAAUAUUCGUCUACUCAUCCGGAGAUAUCGAAAAGACUCUUUUGAGAUUCACAGAGUUCACACCAACACAAACUCCUCUUACAAAUCAAGACUACCCAAGGUUCAGUCGCAGACGUAAGAAUGCAAAGACUGGCGAUGAAGAAACUGACGACGACGAUGAUGAAGCGCCGGCACCACUGAAAGAAAAGCCUUUGACUGCCCCGAAGGCACCAACCGCAUUACCGACUCCACUCUUCCCAUCACAACCGUCGAGUUUCCAACCCGUCAGUGCACCUCUUCCUCCACAACCUCCAAGGCAGAAGAUGGAGAGAGCGCCUCCUGAAUACCCAAGUGCACCUCCACAUGCUUACUUAGAUGUCAGAAAUCAAUUGGAACAGAGAAGUUCUAUGCAACGCCAAAAUUUGGACAUGAGACAAGAAAGACAAGGCUUUGGACAGAACCCACAACAAAACACUUAUCAAAGACCUUUCGACCAAGACUACCCACCACAAACGCAAUAUCGUCAACAGUACCAAGGCGACCCUGGGUAUCCAAGAUACUCCGACUUCGAUAAGUCGUACGACAGAGAUAAAGAUAGAAAGGAUCAAAGAGAAGAUAGGCAACAAAUGCCCCCAAUUAAGGAGGAAAAACGAGGAAGACCAGAAGACUGA